CAGCUCAAUUGACACAGAACAUCUCACUCGCUCGCCCAUCAUGCUCACCAGCCGCGCAGCCCGCGCCCUUCUCUCUUCCUUCCCGUCCACUUUCGGGCUUCGCAGACUCGCAAUAGCAGCUUCCGCCGCUUCGACCUUCCGUUUCCCAAACUCAACAAAGCUCGUUGCCAAAUAUCAACACCGCAACGGCUUUCAUUCGACCCCGCAAAUUCAAAAAGGCAUCACCCCAGGCUCUCCUGACCCACCGGCACCGCAGCCAGAGUCCUCCGUGCGCGUCUCGGAACCGUCGCCGUUAUCGAACCACCAAUAUCACGAGUACUCGGACCAUUAUCUGCAUGUCGUACAAGCUAAAAUUGAGGAAAUGGAGGAAGACAGGUCGGAUCUUGAAACUGACCUUAGCGCCGGUAUCCUCCAUAUCAAUGUCGCCAACGUUGGAACAUACGUCUUAAACAAACAACCCCCCAUCAAGCAAUUGUGGCUAAGUUCUCCGGUCUCCGGACCAAGGCAGUACGACUGGGUUGUGGAGGGAGAUCAGAUGCACGAGAAGCAGGAAACAAGACCAUUCACAAACGGGCAGUGGGUGUGUUUGAGGGAUAAUUCGAACCUGACGGAACUGCUGAACAAGGAGUUGGGAUUGAAUUUGCCGAGAGAUGUUUACAGCGAGGUUGACGAGUAG